AUGGGAGAGUUUCACGAAGCCGUCUCAACGCUUCUCGGCUUCUUCACAGAAGGGUUAUCGAGUAUCAAAUCGCAGAAAGAAAAGAAGUCAAGGCGCAGGUUGAAGUCUGAAGCUCGUUUGAAUCAUUCCUUGAAGAAAAGCAGGCAAGACGUCAAAAGCGUUUAUGACCGUGAUCUAGAAAAGUUUGGAGACAGCUUCGCUAGAGGAGAUGCCGAAGCGAGAUCUUCCAUAGCUUUGAUUCUUUCACGAUUAGCUGCUGGAGUACUGUCUAUUGUAACUCGAUUGUCUAAAGGAAAGAGUACAGCAUCCGACUACCAGACGUUGGUUGGUCUUUCAGAUGACACAAGAAGAGAGACGAUUCGAACAUUCGACCAACUUUCAUCUCGAAUCUCAAGUUCCUCAAUAACUUUAGCUAAACCAAAGCCAAGUGAUAAAAGACCAGAGGCUAGCCGCAAGCACAGCCACGGCUCCAAGAACUCUUCCACGUCCAAAUCUCAUACCCGAGCGAAAAGCGUUCCAAACCUUUCCGUAACUCCACUUGGGUUGGCUACUGAUUCAGCUUGGGUUCGACCUAAAACUCACACCAAAAGGCGAACAUCGUCAAAAUCAAUGAGCUCCAUGACUUCCAGCAAAAAACAUCAAACUCCCCCAAUUGAAGCGCCUGCUCAGCGCAAACCUCUACCACCAUCGCCCCCUCCAAUGUACUCAUCUCCCGUUCAAUCUUUUGUCAGACAAUCAUCACCACCGUCCAGACGGACCCAAGAUGUGUCCUAUCACCGCAAAUCCAUCAUGUCAUUCGCGUCCGACAGCACGAAAUUAGGCGAGAUCCCAGAGUAUAAAUGGAGGGAUCAGCAGAGAUUGAACGGGGAUUAUCCUGUUACAGUGUUUUAUCCUUUGGAUCAGUCUCUGGCUCCUGAGAAGGAGAAGCCGAGGUCGAGGUUGAGGAGGUUGUUUGGGAAGGGUUGA